AUGAUGGCUCAACCAGCCUUCCGAUUACCUGGGGUUCUCCUCGCGGCUCUUGUCUUUUCUUACGGCACAACAGCUCUCGUUGCGGCGACACCAUCGAAUGCGCCCAAGAGCUAUUGCCCCAUCUUCUACUCCGAAUCCCAGCUCCCAACCGAUUGCGAGGCGAAACAACCCACAAGCUUCCUCCAGACAUCCCAACCUGCGAAGAAGGCACGUGUCGAUACAUCAAGGACGAAAGAUGAACCUCUCGAGGCUGCGUUCGAGGCUCUUACAGUCAUGCAACAUGACUUCUUUGUCGCAGACCAAGGGACAUGGCCCGCAGCCAUCGAUUGGACUGCCGCCGUUAUGGAGACAAUGCUGUCGGGUGCUCUGACUUCAUUGUCGCAGGCAUUGGCUGUCCUUGACAUUGGUAGAAAUACCGAUAAAGGAGCCAAGAGGAACUUGGUAGAUACAUUCUUUACCCAACUCGUGUCCUCGUACUUUGGUCAAGAUGACGUCUCAAUCCGUAAUCAGGCCUUUGAUGAUAUUCUUUGGGUUGUCCUCGGCUGGGUUGACGCCAUCAAAUUUAUUGACAUACACUCUGAACUCUACUAUCCUCGAGAGGGACUCAACGAGAGUACAACCCCGGGCCUCGGGGAUGCGUUGCAGAACGGCCCGUGGCACGGCCAAUACUGGGUUCCUUCCUUUGCUCACCGGGCCAGAAUCUUUUGGGAUCUUGGAUCUAAGGGUUGGGACACACGUCUCUGUGACGGCGGCAUGAACUGGAACCCGAGACUGGAGCCGUAUAAGAAUGCCAUCACCAACGAGCUAUGGAUCGCUGCUUCCAUUUCGAUGUACCUCUGGUUCCCAGGAGACAACAAUACAACUCCGUGGAUCAACCGGGCAAGCGGUUUCAAAGCCACGCGAGAGCCCAAAUAUCUCGCCGCCGCCAUUGAAGGCUACAAAUGGCUUGCCGGAGUCAACAUGACCAAUGAAGCCGGCCUUUACGUCGACGGCUACCAUGUUGACAGGUCAAAGCCAGGCAAUACCAAAUGUGAUCAGCGCAGCGAGGCAGUCUUCACUUACAAUCAAGGCGUCCUGCUGACCGGUCAACGUGGUCUCUGGGUUGCGACUGGAAGCGCAUCGUAUCUCGAAGACGGACACAGACUGAUCCAAGCCGUGAUUAAGGCUUCAGGCUGGGACUUGGCAUCGGACAAACCCGUCGAUGAUGUCUCGGAACUUCCUCCUGGUUAUCUGCCUCCCUGGCGCGGACUCGGCCGUGGUGGCAUCAUGGAAGAGCGAUGCGAUGCUAGUGCGACCUGCUCACAGGACGGACAAACCUUCAAGGGCAUCUUCUUUCAUCAUUUUGUAACGUUCUGCCAGCACCUUGAUCCCGCCGAUAUUGAGCCUGGCAUGACUGUGAACUCGCAGGCCUAUGAUCAAAUAAAGAAAGCCCACGGGUCUGCUUGCCAGGCGUAUUUGAACUGGGUAGAGCACAAUGCGAAGGCAGCACUGUCAAGCAGAGACGGAGAGGGUCGGUUCGGCACUUGGUGGGGAGCAGGCGUUUUCCAACAAACCAUGCCGACCAUGGAGACGGACGGUAUCCCUCGCGAUGAUCCAAAUGUUAUUGAUUACCGUAACUAUGGGCUUCCACACGACGGUGUCUGGGCCAACGGUAACCCAGACAAGGUGUGGGCACCCAACGGGGAGGCGCAGAAGAACCAAACGAAAAGCUACGUGUUUGUUGGUGGACAGGAACAACCCGGGCAGCAGGUGUUGGGUCGCUUGAGCAGACAGGGACCACGAGAUGAAGAAAAUGCAGACAGAACCGAGCGGCGUAAACCCACGACGGCGGCCACGAACAACGAUCCGAACGACCGCGGAAGGGGUAGGACCCCCGAGACGCAGAACGGCGGCAUGGCUCUGAUGCGGGCGUGGUGGGAGCUUGUCGCGGCCUCCAACGGCACAUAUGCGUAG